AUGCCAGACUAUCCCGUCUUCGUCCCGCAGAAUGCACCCCCACCCCCAGCCCCUCUCCACCUCGUCCCGCGUGAUGCGUCCGAAUCCGAGAUCCUCGCCGCCUCCGCCACCCUCUCCGAGUCAUUCAAAAUGGACCAAAUCGCCCAACUCAUCUCUAGCGGCGUACCAGGCCUCCACGAAGCCCGGAUCUACCGUACGAUCAAAACCGGCGUCUUGGAUGGCGAGGUGUACACCAUCUCAAACGACGGCGACGUACUAGGUGUAAUGGUGGUCAAGCCACCUGGGUUUGAGCACCGGUCGAGCCCAAACUCGGACGGUCCGCAGGGUCAUGAAGCGGAAAGGUUGGCCAAACUCAAGCAAGACGCAGACGAGCAUUACGCCCUGCUUAAGAAGGUUCUCUCCGCGCUGGAGAUUGAGGCGUUCGGGCCGAACGAGGUCACGGAUAUUUUCUAUAUUUCGCAUAUUGGGGUGUCGCCGUCGGCGCAGGGGCGAGGCGUGGGGACGGCGUUGGUCAAUUACAUGGUGGCAAGAGGGAAGGCGAUGGGUAUCCCCGUGUCCCUGCUUACCAUGACUGAGGGCCAUGUCAAGUACUACAAAAAGUUUGGGUUCAAGACCCGCGCAUAUACCGAGGUCGAGGUGGGUGGGGAGUUGACCAGGUGGUGGGCCAUGUCGACGGAUGCGUAG